AUGGCAUACAACAAAGGCUUCAACCCCGACAGGCUGCCUGCCCAUGCAGAGCCCGAGCAGGCCGCACAGAUGAUGUCCCAGGGCUCACGGCCCCCGCGAACCUCGUCAGCGCGCCCGGACUACAGCAAGCCUGCCCCGGCCGUGCCCGGCGCACGACACGACUACCGCCCGGACGAGCGCUAUGGCGGAGGACGUCCAGCCAGCUACGACGCUCGCCCUCCCCCGGGCGCAUACAACGACCGCUACGACGCGCGCUACAACGAUUCGCGGCCCAGCGUCGGCAGCCCGCCUCCAGCCAACUACGGCCAGGGACCACCACCACAGUUCUACCACGGCAGGCCGCCGAUUGCGCAGCAGCAGAGGCCGCCACCCACGCCUGCGCCGCCGAGGGACGCGAAUGAUCGAGAUGCGCUGUGGAGGCUGUUUGGCGCUGUAGACAAGGACGCGAGUGGAAGCUUGACAGAAGCUGAGCUGCGAAUCGCGCUCGUCAACGGCGACUGGUCACCUUUUGACCCUCACACCGUGCGCAUGAUGAUCAGAAUGUUCGACACCGACCGCUCUGGCUCUGUAAACUUUGACGAGUUUUGCGGUCUAUGGGGCUUCCUCUCUGCCUGGCGCGGCCUCUUCGACCGCUUUGAUGCGGACCACUCUGGCACCAUAUCCUACGCCGAAUUCAACGAAGCUCUAGUCGCCUUUGGGUACCGUCUUUCACAGCAAUUCGUCACGCUGCUGUACCGCACGUACGACCGCGGCGGCCAGAAUGCGAUGAGUUUCGAUCUGUUCGUACAGGCAUGCAUUAGUCUCAAGAGGAUGACAGAUGUGUUCAAGAAGUAUGACGAGGAUCGGGAUGGAUACAUUACACUGAGCUUCGAGGAGUUCCUGACAGGUGCGCAAGCUUUGUUCCUUUUUAACUCGAUAUCCGCGUCGACUGAUACCGGACUGUAUUAGAAAUCAUCCGUCAACGUUGA